AAAAACAAGUGUAAAGAUUUUAUAAUAUAUACUCAAAAACAUUCAACAAAGUAAAUUAAAUAUUUAACUCCCAACAAAUUAAAUAAUAAAAAUAAACUAUACAAUGAAAACGACUCCGGCGUCGGAUCAUGUCUACUUUAAUGAUGGUUUUAAAUGUUCCUCAAUUAGCAUAAAUACUAAUCUUACCGAACAAAAUGGAGGCAGCGUUGGUUCGCAAGGAUCAAGUGAAUUUAUAUUAACUUCAGAUGGCAAAAAAAUUAUACCCCCUCACAGCAAAAUGGAUUGUGCUAAAUCAUGGCUUAAACGGUGUACAGAGCGAACUUUUAACAAAAAAACAUUACACAAACGAUUACCGAUAACCCGUUGGCUACCAAAAUACAGUAGUGAUGAUGCGGUGGGUGAUUUAGUGGCGGGAGUAACAGUUGGGUUAACAGUUAUACCACAAGCAUUGGCCUAUGCCGGUAUUGCAGGCGUACCAGCAGCAUAUGGUUUAUAUGGCUCAUUUCUUGGCUGUUUUGUUUAUAUAUUUCUUGGUAGUUGUAAAGACGUGCCCUUUGGUCCCUCAGCUAUUGUUGCUCUACUGACGUUUCAAGCAGCUCAAGGUUCAUGGCAAAAAUCAGUAUUGCUGUGUCUAUUGUGCGGAAUUGUGGAACUUCUAAUGGGUAUUUUUGGUUUAGGGUUUUUAAUUGACUUUGUUUCGGGUCCUGUUUCAUCAGGAUUCACUUCGGCUGUGUCACUUAUUAUCGUUACUUCACAAAUAAAAGAUAUUUUGGGUAUCGCAGUAAAAGGUACUACAUUCCUUGAAUUAUGGUCGCAAAUAAUCGAGAACGUACAAAAUACUCAAGCCUCUGAUACGAUACUCGGCUUAACUUGCAUUGUUAUUCUAUUAAUGAUGAGGUUGCUUUCAUCAUUUAAAAUUGGAUCUAUAGAGCCAGAAUUACGGUCGAAAUCGCAAAAUAUUAUGAAUAAAAUAUUUUGGAUUGUUGGUACAUCUCGCAAUGCCAUACUUGUUAUCGUUUGUGGUGCUAUGGGUUAUAUUAUACAUAAUAUACAUGAAGGCACACCUUUUCGCGUCAUAGGUUAUAUACCGCCAGGCUUGCCAACAUUUGAGUUACCACCUACUUCCUUGAGUGCGAACGAAACACUGAGUGGCUAUGAAGAAUCAUUUAUAGAUAUUGUCCGCAGUAUGGGUUCGGGUUUAAUCGUAGUACCACUAAUAUCGCUUAUGGAAAAUAUUGCAAUAUGUAAAGCUUUUGCUAAUGGCAAACCAGUCGAUGCUUCGCAGGAACUCAUUGCUAUUGGUGUAGCAAAUAUUGCGAACUCAUUUGUGCAAGGCUUUCCCGGUACUGGCGCAUUAAGUCGUGGUGCAGUCAAUCAUGCCAGUGGUGUAAGGACUUCUCUAAGUAAUGUGUAUUCCGGCGCUUUAGUCAUUCUAGCCUUGCUAUUCUUUACACCUUACUUCUACUACAUACCAAAAGCGACUUUGGCCGCAAUUAUAAUUGCCGCCGUAGUUUUUAUGGUAGAAGUUAAAGUAAUCAAACCAAUGUGGCGUGCGAAAAAAAGCGACCUUGUGCCUGGUAUAGGUACAUUCCUUGCCUGUCUUAUAUUGCCACUAGAAAUAGGCAUAUUGAUUGGAAUUGGAUUGAAUGUCAUAUUCAUUCUUUAUCACGCAGCAAGACCAAAGAUCUCAACUGAAAUACUAAGCACUCAGGCAGGCAAUGAAUAUCUUAUGAUAACACCAGAUCGAUGCCUUAUAUUUCCAUCUGUGGAUUAUGUACGCAAUUUAGUGAACAAACAAUCCAAGCGAGUGGAAAACGUGCCGGUGGUCAUCGAUGCAUCACACAUUUAUGGUGCUGAUUUUACAGCUGCCACAGUAAUCGAAUCUCUUUUGAAAGAUUUCGCUAGUCGAGAACAGUUACUAUUUUUCUACAACUUGAAACCCAGUAUUUGUACUCUUUUCGAAAGUUUAUCGCCGACGGAAUUCGAAGUGUACUAUCAAGAAGAUCAAUUGGAUGAACUACUAAAGUCACGUAAUUAUGUACAGAAAAAGGUCGUUACUGUUUAGAAUCUAAACUGAAUCUUGUAUGUACUUAAGUUAUUUAAGAUCUAAAUUUGUAGUUGUAUAUAAUUGCUUGAAUUCGAAGAUGGUUAUGUCUUUAAAGAACCACAAAAAGUGAUAUUUCAUUCAAUAAUUAUUCCAUCGGUUGGUUAACUAUUUUUAUUUUUUGUGAU